UCCACGAAAACACUCUCAUCGCAGUAGCGCACACGCACUCGGAGACGGCUGUAAUGUACUCGAGAACGAAAAAAGGCAUUCUUCUUUAUUGUUUGACUUUGGGGAGUUUUGCUGGCUGAAAAAGAGAGAGGUAAAGCGAGGGCUGGUGAAUCGGGGUCAUUAGUUCAGGCGGCUGGGUCUGGUGCAUUCCUGAGCUUGGAGAGGGGGAGAACCAAAAGAUGGAAUGUGACUCGAAGAGAAAGAAAGAGAGGGAGGACCUGAGCCGAGGGACCCUGAAGGGGCAAGAGAGAACAAGAAAAAAAGUGCGCUUGCCAAGGGAAAGAAAAAGUUUUCAAGGAGAGGAAGAAAAGCGGGGAGGGAGAGCUGGAAACUGUUAUUGGGGGAGGGGGAGAGCUGAAGUCAUUAAAUGUGUUAUCAGUUAAAGGGAGGACGGGAGAAAAGCUUUGAUUUUGAUGGUACGGCCAGAAGAUCCACAUUCACUGAAACAGACGUAAGAAUGAAGAUGGCUUUUUUGUUGGUGUUCGAGUUUGUGGCUCUUUCCCAUCACAAGCUGGAUGAACGGGUGCGCCAAUAAAGUCACCAUCGCUGUGCAUCGUGUAGGAAUGUUGUAGAUCUGCUCUUCGUGUAGUUCAUCCGGUCUGAAGUGUCUGUUGUCUAGAGGGAACACAAAGGCUCUUAAAGUGAGCUUCAUAGAGUGCUGAGCAUCAGAGGCGUACAGGAGGAGGACCCCCCAGACCCCCAGAUCAUGCGUCUGGACAACAUGCUGCUGGCCGAGGGCGUGUCCGGGCCCGAGAAGGGCGGCGGCUCCGCGGCAGCAGCCGCAGCUGCAGCGGCGGCCGGAGGAUCGCCCAACGACGGCAGCAUCGAACACUCCGACUACAGAGCCAAACUCGCACAGAUCCGUCAGAUCUAUCACUCCGAACUGGAGAAAUAUGAACAGGCCUGCAGUGAAUUCACCAAUCACGUGAUGAACCUGCUGAGGGAGCAGUCCCGCACACGGCCCAUCUCACCCAAAGAGAUCGAGCGCAUGGUGGCCAUCAUCCACCGCAAGUUCAGCUCCAUCCAGAUGCAGCUGAAGCAGAGCACCUGUGAGGCCGUCAUGAUCCUUCGCUCUCGUUUCCUUGAUGCCAGACGUAAGAGACGCAACUUCAAUAAGCAAGCAACAGAGGUGCUGAAUGAGUAUUUCUACUCUCACCUGUCUAACCCGUACCCCAGCGAGGAAGCCAAGGAGGAACUGGCCAAGAAGUGUGCCAUCACUGUCUCUCAGGUCUCGAAUUGGUUUGGCAACAAGAGAAUUCGGUACAAGAAGAACAUUGGUAAGUUCCAGGAGGAAGCGAACCUGUACGCCGUAAAAACAGCCGUGGACGCUGCCAAUGUGUCAGCACAGGCCAGCCAGGCAAACUCUCCAGCAACACCCAACUCAGGUGGAUAUCCUGCACCGUGCUACACACCUGACGGCAGGCUAUGAAGAUCUGUCAGGAAGUCCCCUUUAUACCCCACACCGUGUAGACGCUAACAACAGCUGGCAAGACAACACUAACCCUUCGUCCAUCACCUCUCCACCAGGACCACCUGGCAGCAUCCCCUCCGACACCUCCAGCUAAUCCACACACACACACACACAAAGCAUCCCAUCAUCCAGCCUCAGCCCUGCUCUUUCUCCUGCCCAAAGCCCGUGUCCAAGGUCUUCCAUAGUCAUCCGUUCCACCUUCUCUACGGUGUGCCGAACCGGACCGUUUGGAUGCACACGCUCCGCUCGAGCAAAACAUUUGGCAGCGGCUGAAAGGACAACACAGGGUGGACGCUCCACAGCCCCGUUCCCCCCGUCACCACGACCUCCCUCCUCGCUUGUACCAAAGUGCUGUCAAUGGUUGUCGCACCUUCCGCUCGACGAAGAACAACCUCAGACAACUGAACCACAAAGACGCCACGCAGAUCCUCUUUAGUCCACGUUUGCAGUUUUAAUAUGGUUUCCGAUCUCCGCCUCACUCGCGCCGUCCUCUGGUGUUCAACGUUCUGUUAAGCACAAAACUUUCACCUGGUGGGUGGACGGAGCAGAAUCUGUGAAAAGGUACGCCGUACAGUUUGGUGCGAGAGAUCUGCAGUGGAAAGAAACCGAGAUGCGGAGUGACUCAAUUUUCCCUCAGCCCACUGAGUCUCUCUCAACAAGCCGCGUUUUUGUUUUGGUUUUGGUUUAGCUAAUUGUGUUUUGGUUCUUCACAAGGAAUCCACCAGCCACCAAAUAUAAGACUGAGUCGGGUGGUAGGAAAGGGGUUGGACAGAUAGCUGGAGUAUUCGUUCGGAUGGGGACAUGGGGAGGGUAUUAGAAAUAUUUUUAAAGGGAAAGAUAAAACAUGUUUCACUGUCUUCCAUGCAUGUAGGGUGUUGAUGUUUUAGCGGAUCCAUUUAGCCUAACUGUUUUUUUUUACGAUAAAGUACUAUAAAAAAAAAAGAGAGAGAGGGUGUGACUAACAGACCAAAUAAACGAACAACUAUGUGAAUAAAAAAGAAACCAACCACGCCACACUUCAAACUGCCCGAUCCAGAGCUUUCUGUCAAAUUUCAGUGGUUUCUUUUUUUUUUUUUUACAGGUAACCAUGCUCUGUUUCACCCGGAAAACGUUUUUUGAGAAGGCAAUAGCAACCUGACUAUAUGUGGUAUAGUUGUUAUACUACAAUGCGUAUGUUAUACAUGUAUUGUCACGGUCAUUGAAAAUAUGAGAUUUGUUAUGAUGUUACAAGAACUAGUUACAGGUAUCAAGGAUUUGUUUUAUUUGUCCUGCGGCCUCUCACGUUACUAUGUUGUGUGUGUGUAUGGGUGUCUGUUUUUUAAGGGGGGUUGGGUUGUCUCUUAACUCACUUUGCUGUGCUUUUGAACUGAUUGUAUUGUACGUGCAAUUGAAAGCACCUGUUCCUUGGUAAAAGCAUGCUGUCCCCUUUUUCGUUGCCUACAAAUUCACUAAACAAAGGAACUCUUUCUUGUUAUCAGUUGACAUAGCCAAGCGACAAGGGCUUUUCUCCUUCAAAUUGAACCAAAAAUAAGUACUGGAUGUGUUGGGAUUUGAAACAGACGGACUAAAGCUAAUACUGAGGAACAUCAGAUAAAUUUAUAUUUACUUUUAUCCUGGUGGAUCAAGUUUGUAUUCGGGACUUGUUUCAUGUUGAUUUUCUUCUAUUUUUUAUUUUCCCAAUGUAACCUUUAGUCGCGUUUUUUUGAUAUGAAUGGAAAUUCUAUAUAUGAAACAAAGGACUAAAUAACGUUGAAAUGUAAAUUGGGGUUUGUUUAUAUGUACACAUAGGAAAACAAACUCUGAGGAGCUUUUCAAGGUAUUAUUCACAUCAUCGUGUCCUCUAUAGAUUACUGUUAGUUAUAAACAUUUCAUAUGGAUAUCUCUAACUGAUGCUAUUACUACACCAAAAUGUCUUUGUUUUCUUUUCUAUCAGUCAUCUAUGGAUGUCACUGUACAGAUUGUGGAAUGUUUCAGUGUAUUUUCUCAUUUUGUAUGCCUUUUUUCUUGUUUUGUUUUUUUAAUGCUGGGGUGUUGGAUUUACUCACGAGAGAGUAAUAUUUGUUAGUCUUUGUAAUAAUAUUCAUUUUAGCGUUUCAGUUACGUUUUAUUUCGGUUCGCAGUCUCCGAGUGUUGUUCGGUUAUUUUGUGUGGUUUUUGUCUGAGCAUUGGUUUACAGUGCUGUGAAAAUUCACUUCGUUUAUCAUCACACUAUUUCACUAUCGAUGCUUAAGCUACAGAUGCGAGAUACGGAAGGCAAACAGUGACGGUGAUAUCAAACACUACGUAGUCGUAGAAAUGGACUGGACAAAAUUUGGACAAUACUUUUAAGCUGAGGUGGAUUCAACAGCACUAAAUCAAAUGGCGUCAGUGUUUAUUUUUUCCUCGAUUUUAUCAUUAUUUUACUAGAAUUGUAGUACACGCUUCCUUCUGUAUUUACCAUUCUCUCCCUCUUCUCUACCUCUCCUCUCUCCAUUUCAUUUGUAUAUAAACCCCAUCAUUUUCAGACUUGGUAGUCUGUAUAAACUCCUUUUAUACCUCAACUUUAGAACUGUUCUAGUGAGAGAGAAAAAAAAGAAAUAUGAGAAAAUUGUAGUGUUCCUUAUUAGAAAAACAAAAACUAAUAAAAUAAUCUAGUGUG